GUGGCUGGUCACAGUUCCUCUGCAGACUCGUUUCGUCCCUAAUCGGGUUGGACGCGUGUUCCUCUUUCUCUUCUUCUCCCGCCUCUGGCUGUUGCCUCCUCUCCUUCGCAUCUCUUCUGUUCCAGUCGCCGCUCAGCGCGCACACCUGUAACCGUCAGUCGCAAAGCAGUUUUGUUACUUGCAAGUGUCGUGCUCCGCUCGCUCGCUCGCUCAACUCUUUCCCACUACUCUCACGUGUCGGCGGCCGCAGCGCAUCCAUUCAUUCAUUCAUACGUCUUGUGAUUAUUGUUUGCUGGUGCGUGCACUCUCUUACCUGUCAGCUGCUCUGUUAUUCAAUUCGCACACUUGACCCCACUUUCUUGCCACCUUGGCUCACGCUCAAGUCACAUAGAAUCCUGGUUGAGCUACGGAAUGCUGCCUCGCUGGUUCUUCCUGCUACUGUGUCUACUCGCUAACGGGUGCUGUGAAGAAGUGGAAGUAGUGGAAGCUGUGUCAGGCGGCAGUGACCAGAUAGCACAGGAGUCUGUGAGCAAGGAGGCAAGUCGACCGCUGCUACUCAAGCCAUACCACGGCGCACUGCCCCCACCUCCGCAGCCCUAUCACGGACCACCCCCGCCAUUACCACCCCCAGACGCCAUCGAGAAGCUGGACGCCUGGCCGGUGUCAGCGCCCGACAUGCCAAAGAUCGUCAGUCUGGAUGUCAAGUGUGAGAAGAACUCGAUGAAGGUGUUUGUCGGAUUCGAUAAGCCGUUCUACGGGGUUGUUUUUAGUAAAGGCCAUUACAGCAACGCGGACUGCGUGCACUUGCCAGCCGGGCUGGGCCGAACGGCGGCCAACUUCGAGAUCGGCAUCCACGCGUGCGGCACGGCAGGCAACACCGAGAACGGCCUCUACGGCUACGGCGCCGACUCCGGCUCGGGCACCUACUUCGAGAACAUCAUCGUCGUGCAGUACGACCCACAGGUGCAGGAGGUCUGGGACCAGGCCCGCAAGCUGCGCUGCACCUGGCACGACCAGUACGAGAAGUCGGUUACGUUCCGGCCAUUCCCGGUCGACAUGCUCGACGUGGUGCGAGCCGACUUCGCCGGCGACAACGUCGGCUGCUGGAUGCAGAUUCAGGUCGGCAAGGGACCAUGGGCCAGUGAGGUCUCCGGCCUUGUCAAGAUCGGCCAGACUAUGACCAUGGUGCUAGCUAUCAAGGAUGACGAUUCCAAGUUCGAUAUGCUUGUCAGGAACUGCAUGGCUCAUGACGGAAAACGGGCUCCGAUACAGCUGGUUGACAGACAGGGUUGUGUGACAAGGCCGAAGCUUAUGUCUAGGUUCACCAAGAUAAAGAACUUUGGCGCAUCGGCUUCAGUGCUGUCCUACGCUCACUUCCAAGCAUUCAAGUUCCCAGACUCGAUGGAGGUGCACUUCCAGUGUACAAUUCAGAUAUGUCGCUACCAGUGCCCCGACCAGUGCUCAUCGGGACACGUAGAGGCUGACUCGUACGGACCGCCGCCUCCGCCCCAGCGCGUCGUGCUCGAUGGCUACCGGCCAAGGGACGAGCGUAGGGUGAGACGCCACCGUCGCGACGCCUCCGAGGAGGUGGGCGUCAACCGCAUCAUCCGCGUGGUGUCCACCGGCGACCUCACCUUCUCUCUGGACGACUCCAACACGACCGCCCCCACCAUGGUGUUCCCGGCUGAUGCGCCCAGCCACGCCGGGGUCAUCUGCAUGACGACGCCUGGCUUUGCGGCCACCCUCGCCCUCCUGCUCGCCGUCCUUGUCAUCUCUUGUCUGCUCUCUGCCUUUCUUUGCAUCCGACUCAGGCUGAGGCUGCGGCCGGCGCCCAAGGCGCUUGCAUAUCCGGCCCCUGUUCCCGCCCCCGUCCCCACAGUCAAGGUUGCCAAGAGCUGUUUCUACUCGUGAAAAACCAGUGGCCUAACAAGCAAUGGGCUGAAUCUAAUACACAUGAAGGACCUCAACCCUCCUAUAUAAUGCUCAAUUGAGUUUCACGUAUUCUUAAACAAAUGUGUACGAAUUGAAAACAAAAAACAGUGAAGCUCAAUCUAAUUUUCUCCCGUACUUUGAUCUAUCAAGAUAGAGAAACUCAGAUCAUUCUAGAAGUGGAGUUGGAGAAAUAAUUAAUCUAUUAAGGCUCGGUUGCAUAAAAGCCUAUUUAAUUUUAAUCGUGAUUAAAUACCACAUGAACCAAUCAGAGAAGCCUUCUUUUCAAAAAAGACUUCUCUGAUUAGUCCCCAUGGUAUGUAAUAAAGAUUAAAAUAUAAAAGGCUUUUGUGCGUGCAACCAGGACUGACUCUAAUAAAUGAAUAGUGCAAUUAUCAGAAACAAUUAUUCAAAUGCAUUCCUAAUUGAUUGAGCCUAUGUAAAAGAAUAAGAAGAGUAAAUAAAUCCACACCCAAAUAAAAUUUGAUUCAGAGUGGAUAUAAAAGCAACUUUGUUGACUUAUUAAUGUUUCAAAUACAGCUCAACUUGACUGUGCUUCAGAUAAAAACCAGUACAUUCACAGUUAAAUUGUUCCCUUGAUAGAAAGAUGAGAAGAAGAAUGGAACAUUAAAUAUAAUUCACAACCAAUAUUUUUUCCUCGAGAAAAAUUAUCAAUUUUUGAUCGACUUAAAAAUUGCUCAACAAGAGAUUGAGGGGGUGAUCACGAUCUCCAAGCCACAUGAAAAAACUGUUUGCAUCAGCAAACUCAUUGAUCAAAUUAUAGCGUAGUACUCUUUAUAUAGGCCUACUGUAGUUUCAGCAAAUAUUGAACCUGAUUCAAAAUUCAAUUUUAUCUGAUCAUUUUCGAAAUAAUUUCUAUUAGCAUUUUUUUGCUUGUAAUCAACAUUCUUGAUCCUCAAAAGUGAAGUUUUGAUUCAUUUAGUGAAAAUGAAUCAAAUUUCAUGUGGGUUAGAGAUCAGAUCGAUUAAAUCAAAAGUAUAUUGAGAUAAUUUUGGAAAUUAUUGUCAUGAAUAUGACGGUGGUAAUGAAUUUGUAAGAAUAGGAGAAGCAAUAUUAUGAGAGCUGUAUUCUAUGGAAGACAGUCUUAUAAUACAAAUAUUAUAUGCUCUAUGUCCAUUCUUUAAAGCAGAAGUAGAAGAAGAAAGUAAGACUAAUAGAGGAAAUGAAUAAGUUAUUCCAUCCAAAAUACUGUGAAACAGAAAAUCAAGUUUCACGUGUCCAAGUUGUCGAGUGAUAGAGAGAGAGCACUUCUCAAUAAAGUUUUUCUAAACGGCUGUAUCAAGCAAAUCUCUUAGAAUAUAAAUCGUUGAAUGUAAACCCUGCCAUUUGUGAAUUUAAAUUAAUUUUCAUUUCUUUAGAGUAGUUAUUUUUAACUUGAAAUCAAAUUAUUGUAAUAUAAUAACAGUAUGGGGGUUCUGGUAAAAUUACAAUCAAUUUAUUUUAACUAUUAAUUGAUAAGUUAUUCAUCACGAUGAAUAAUAAUCUUUGUAAUGAGAGAUUUAGUAGAUUGAUUCUUCAAUCAAAAUAUUUAUUUGUUUUUAUAAACUAUUAUUUAUUAUAGAUUACUUAUAAUGUAAAAAUAAUGUAAAAGGCUACUCUAUCAAAACUGCUGCAUUUUUAGAGUAGACCUAUAUGUAUUUGACAGCCUCAAUGAAUAUAAGAGAUGUUUCAGUAAUUACAUAAUUUUCACUAGAUUUGAAUAGCCGAAAUAGUUUCACAGCAUACAAAAACAUUUAUCCUCAAGUUAGAGCAGAUUAUUUUAUAGGUCAAUGAUCUGUGAGCUUUUACGUUGAAGGCUUACAAGAUAAAUCAACAGUACGAUGUAUUCUAUUUAUUACAAUCCGACGAAUGAAUCGUUUCCAAGAUUUGUCACUCAUAUCCAAUGAAUAGUAAUCCAUCAGGGUAUUUGUUUUUUAGUGAAGUUUUGUUUCAAGCAAAGCUAAUUUUGAUAUUAAGUCUUGGCAUAAUACUGAAAUGUCAUGUUACCUUCAUUGUAAUCAACUUUUUCAAAUAAAAGUUGAAAAUGUCAAGUUAAUGCUCAAACCUCCCAAUAAUUAUCUAGUUGAAUAGAUUUAGGUUUGUAAAUACAGAUUAAUAUCUAACUUUUAAGGGGAAGCUAAUAAGAUUCAAGUGGUAGAAACGUGAUUUUAUUGGCUUGAUAUGUUCAACCUGUGUGAAUUUUUGGGUAAGGUAUAACAAACUAUCAAGCUUUUUUGUGCAAUAAUAAACAUUAGAUAAUUUACUAUCCAUUCAUGGAACUUGAUUAUCAUUAUGAGCGACUGUUAACUAAACUGGAGAGUUCUAAAAUCAUUAAACAAGGAGUAUACAUGUUUAACAAGUUGAGAUUAUAUUUUUAUAUUUUGUGGAAGUUUCUAAUAAAUAUUGUAUUAAAUUGAUUUCAUUAAUAAUGCAUUUUUUGCUCAAUAACAACAGAUAUAGCUAUGUUUUGUAGAAUAGCAAAUUCCCUAUGGAGAAUCCAUGUUAACGCAUUUGGAUUAUUUAAAUUUGAUUAUAAUUAUUGUUUUUUUUUCUCUCGGGAAAUGUUUCUAUAUAUUGUUUUAGUAUUGGAGAAGAACAGGAGAUUGUUAGAUACCGGUACCGUACUCUUUGUGAUUUUACGUACUAAAUUAUUCUAAAUCAUCAUACAAAUAUCAUUUACACAGAUAUUCACAUAGGUUGAAUGGCUACUUAGUUUUAGUGAAUAUAUGUAUUUCUAAUUUAUUUAAAUUGUAUUGUUGUAAUGUAGUAUUUAUUCAAUUUGCUAGAGUGAACGUGCAUUUAUUUAGUGUGUUUUUCAUAAGAAGUGUGAGUGAGUUAGAUUAAUUUACUGGUAUAUUGUAUUAACAAAACCUAUAAACCAUUUGAAUAGGCUGAACCUCAGGUUAUUUCGUUUGGAAUAAGUACAUAAUUCCAAUAUUCUUGUUACUGUCACUCAGCUAAUAAAUUUGAACGGAUUAGCUGAACAAAUCCCAAAAUAAACUUCUACCGCAUGGAAACUGUCGGUACAAAUAAAUGUAUCCAGAAUAGACUACUUGAAGAUGCUAAUUUCUCUGGGUGAUGGAAAAUCACAUUAAAAAUUGCAAAUACUUUCAGGUAAAAGAUUUAUUAUUGACAAUAUAAUACAGGAAUUAAGAAAAUACCGUACCAAAAAACCUGAAACAUUUACAGCCACAACAUUUUAGAGAGCAAUAAGAAUAUAAAAAAGUUAUAUCCACAUUUAAUUGCUAAGAAUUUACAGAACUGAUUGGAUUGCUUCCGAGGAAAACACUAUUGAUUAUGGAAAACCCAAGGCAUUCCAAUCUGGAAUUCGGAAUCCAACUAAAAUUACAAUGCUAAUUGGAUGCACUCUAAGCAAUGGAACAAUAACAAAAAAUAUAAUUUCACAUGUAUUUUGAUCUUGUAAUCAUUUAAUACGCAUUAUUAAUUUCAAACGGAAUUCCAAAUAACUGACAACGGUUAUAAUUAACCAUAAAUAUUAUAAUUAAUUGGAUUGAUAAUUCAUUAAAAUCAAACUAAUGUCUUGACAUUUUUUGUCUGUCAUGAGCCUGGCAAAAGGCUGUAUUGCUGGAACAUUAGCUUAAAACUGAUAGCUUAGAACUAAGACGGUGAUAAAGUAGUGAGGACAAACAUGUAGAAGACAACAACAACUGUAUAUUCUUAGAAAAUCCCAUUCUAAUAAGAUUGCAAUCUACAAUGAAAUCAAACAAAUAGAGAAUAUUCACAAAAUAAUAAUUAUAAAAUGAAAUCAAAAGACUUGAAAAAUGACAACGAAAACCAAAUGAGUUUUCCAUCUGAUAAGAAAUAUAAAAAUCAAAACCAAAACUUCGAGCUUUAGAAAAAUCAAAAUAAUAAAUAUACUAAGUCAAAUAAUCAAAUACUUACAUUUCAUGUUUAAUCGUUGUUUUUGUUGGUAGAAUUUUAUUAUCGUUAUUUACACAGUAUCUAUUUAUUUAUUUAUUGUAUGAAGUGCCUUUUAAGAGCUAACCAUGUUUGAAUGAGCUGUGGAAGCUGUAUGAUGGAAUGUUUUCUAUUAAAUUGUUAUUUUCAAA